AUGACCUGGCAAACAACCGCAGCUCAAUAUCUAGAAGAGAGGGAUAAGUCCAUACCCAAGGAGUACCUCCUCACUCUACCUCCUCCAGACGACGUGUUAGAUGUGAAAGACUACCCUACUCUUCCAGGCGUCCUGUCUCCUCCGGAGUUGGAAAUCACCCAGUCUCUCACCGUCACACAGUUGCUCGAAGCGAUCAAAGCAGGGAGAUAUACUGCUUUACAGGUUACUGAGGCCUUCUGUCAUCGAGCUACUAUAGCUCAUCAACUCACCAACUGCCUAACCGAACUCUUCUUCGACAAAGCGUUGGAGAGAGCCAAAGAGCUGGAUGAGUAUUAUGAGAAGACUGGAAAGACCAUUGACGCUGAUUCUCCACCCAGCGGUCUUCCCAUAUCUCUCAAAGAUCAGAUCGAGGUGGAAGGCACAAACUUCACCAUGUCGUAUGUGGGAUGGAUAGGGAAUAAGGCGAAGCACAACGCAGUAAUUGCAGAUAUCCUUCUAGCUCAAGGGGCCGUUCUCUACUGUCGUACCAAUAUGUCGCAAGGUUUAUGGUUCGGAGAAGGUUAUAACAAUGUCUACGGCAGAACGCUCAACCCCUUCAAUCGUAAUGUCACAUGUGGUGGAAGUAGUGGAGGGGAAGGGGCUUUGAUCGGACUUCGAGGAUCCCUGCUCGGUGUCGGAAGUGAUAUCGGAGGAUCUGUUAGAAUACCUGCUGCUUAUCAAGGUUUAUAUGGUGUCCGAGGCUCUUAUGCUAGGAUCCCAUACUGUAAGGCGAGCAACAGUUCUGAAGGUCAGGAGAUGGUCAGAUCUGUCCUUGGACCUCUUACAGUAUCGGUUGAUGGACUCAAGACGUUCUAUAAAGCCGUUUUGGACGCGAAACCUUGGGAGUUGGAUCCGUGGACACCUCGCAUGCCAUGGUCAGACAGUGCCUACAAUCUUGUGGAUCAUGGAAACGGGGAGAAGCUAUGCUUUGCCAUCAUGUGGGAUGAUGGGGUGGUCAAGCCUUGCCCACCGUACGAAAGAGGUAUGAAGGAGGUGAAGGAUGCGUUAUUAGCUGCUGGGCAUGAAGUGAUCGAUUGGACCCCUUAUAAGACAGCCGAAGCGCGCGAUCUGCUUAUGCGAUUCUUUACUGCCGAUGGAGGAUAUGAUCUCAAAAAGCAGCUCGCUCUGAGCGGUGAGCCGCAAUUGGGAUCUAUUCUCGAAAGAGGGGUACCCGAACUGUCAGCUCAUGAACUAUUCGACCUGUGUUAUCGUCGAUCGGCAUUUGUCAAGGACUCUCUUGACUACUGGAAUGCAACAACCAGCCAAACCACCACUGGUAGACCUGUAGAUGCUAUCAUCGCACCAGCUUGUGGUGGCCCACCUCAACCACAUGAUGGUUUUAUGUGGCUUGGAUACACUGGCUUCUGCAACCUCAACGAUUACACUGCUUCGAUCCUGCCCGCUACUCAAGUUGAUCCUGCGCUCGAUCCAAAACCAUCCAGAACUGAUUUCAUUGGAGAGGAUGAUAGGAAGACUUACGAACAGUACGAUCCGAUAUUUAUGAAGGGAGCGCCCUGCUCAUUGCAGAUCAUCGGGAAGAAGUAUGAAGAAGAGGCAGUUAUUCGGAUGACUGAAAUCGCGGACGCCGCAUUGAAACAAUAUCGAGGAGGAAGGACAUGA